UUUGGAAUAAUAAUCUUCUCCAUUGCCAUAGUCUCUCCCUUCUGCAAACCCUAAGUUUCCUUGUCCUCUACUCUCUCAUCUUCUUCGUUUGUUUUCUUAUCCCCGAGAAACUGUAGCAAUAAAAAAAAAACUGGAAAAGAAACACAGAGCUGGUUAAAUGGAAACUGAUCAGCUCGAUUCAGAUUCGCAUCUCCCUCCUCGAAAGCGACUACUUGCUGAAUUCAAGAAACUCAACGGAUCUUCUUCUUCUUCUUCCUCGACUUCAAACUCUAACCGAUCUUCCUCCUCUGCUUCAACCGACGUCUACACCCACCUCGACGACUUAUUAGCUUCCCGUUUCAACAAUGACCAAAACAAGUCCCCUGAAGAGCUCGCGGAAGCAGCGAGAUCCGCCGCUGCUUCAGCGGUUAAAGCCGCAAAGACCGCGAGGGCAGUGGCGAACGAGAAGGCAUUGAUCUCCGCAAAGGCGAUCGCUGCGGCCAAGAGGGCAUUGGAGUUGGUUGACUCUUUUCCCAAAGAAGCAAUGUCUGAUUGCAAGGAGAGGAAACAUGUCCCUCUUCACCACUUGUAUUAUUCAAAGGGAGAGUUUAGAGACGAAGAAGAAGAAGAAGAGGAUUUAACGCUUAGGCUGCAUCGAGCUGUAGACAAAAGGCACACUACUAAAGUCUUGGGAACUCGCUCGAGUUUCGAGGAGAAUGGUCAAAUAAACAAGAAGCAGAAGAUGAUUGAUGUUGCUGGUGUUGUUGAUUCGAUACCUACACCGGGGAAGGAAGAAAGUAACUCACUGGGGAGAAGAAGAAGAGGAAGAGUGAAGCUGAAGAAGCUUUCUUUGAGCAUUUUGUAAUUCUAGGGCUCAAGAAACUGGAACCUGCGUGGAUGGAUCACACGGUGGAGUGAAGGUGUGUCAGAGAAUGUGUAAAGCAGAACAGAGCCAUACGGUCAUAAGAUCUCUGGUCAGCAUUGCCAUUUUCAGUAGAAAAAAAAAUCACAUUGUUGUUUUUUUUUUUUUUGAAUGUGUUUUGAAUUUAAUGUUUUUUCUGCAAUUACAUUAGAGAGGA